CCAUGGCUGCCUCCACCAUGUCUGUCUGCUCUGAUGCUCGCACCAACUCCUCCUGGCAGGUGGACGACUGCCCAGAGAGUUGCUGUGAGCCCUGCGGCUGUGCCCCCAGCUGCUGCCAGCCUAGCUGCUGUGUUCCUUGCUGUGUCCCCAGCUGUUGCCAGUCCAGCUGCUGUGCCCCCAGCUGCUGUGCCCCAGCCCCCUGCCUGACUCUCAUCUGCACCCCAGUGAGCUGUGUGUCCAGCCCCUGCUGCCAGUCUUCCUGCUGCACACCCUCAUGCUGCCAGCAGUCUAGCUGCCAGCCAGCUUGCUGCACUUCUUCCCCCUGUCAGUCAUCCUGCUGUGUGCCCGUCUGCUGCACACCUGUCUGCUGCACACCUGUCUGCUGCAAGCCAGUGUGCUGUGUCUCCAUCUGCUCUGGCUGCCAGCCAGCUUGCUGCACCUCCUCCCCCUGCCAACCGGCCUGCUGUGUGCCCAUCUGUUGCAAGCCUGUGUGCUGCGGGGCUUCCUCCUCAUGCUGUUGACUGUGAGCCUGGU